GGGUAUAUAACCUAUAAAAAGUGUGGUAGUAAAGGCCUAAAUUCUUGGGCCAUAAUAAUAGCUUUGCAAUGGAACAAUGCCUUCACUCUCAUGAGGGGCUUGUAUCUCGUUGCUUACUAUUGGCCACUGUUACUUGAGAUUUGAUGAUCUCUUACCAGUGGUUUUAACUUUUCUGAAUCUUCUGUAGUCACUUCCUUUUAUCUAUUUGUUUGCAGUUAUGCAUGACAUGCGCCUCAUUCACACUGAUUUAAAGCCUGAGAAUAUUCUUCUUGUUUCUCCGGAGUACAUCAAAGUACCUGAUUACAAAGUGUCAUCCCGAUCUCCGAAACAGGGUUCCUACUUCAAGAGAUUGCCAAAAUCAAGUGCCAUCAAGGUGAUUGAUUUUGGAAGCACAACUUAUGAUCGUCACGACAAUAGUUAUGUAGUGUCUACGAGACAUUAUCGGGCACCUGAGGUUAUCUUGGGACUUGGAUGGAGCUAUCCCUGUGAUAUUUGGAGCGUCGGUUGUAUUCUUGUUGAACUUUGCUCAGGUGAGACUUUGUUUCAGACCCAUGAGAACUUGGAACACCUGGCCAUGAUGGAGCGGGUUCUUGGACCAUUACCUUCUAACAUGCUGCGACUUGCAGCCCGAGAUGCCGAGAGGUAUGUUCGAAGGGGUCAUUUGAAUUGGCCCGAGGGUGCAACCUCAAGAGAGAGCAUGAAAGCUGUGUUGAAACUUCCUCGGCUGCAGAAUCUGGUGAUGCAGCACUCGGAUCAUUCAGCUGGGGACUUCAUCGAUCUUUUACAGGGGCUUCUGAGAUACGAUCCUGCAGACCGAUUGGCAGCAAAUGCAGCUCUCUUGCAUCCUUUCUUCACAAGAAAUCGCUAACUCAUGUAUCCAAUUGAGAGAAGGCUUAUGCUAACCUGCACUUUUUUGCAUUUACAAUGAAUGGGCGGUCUCGUUUGUAAAGUUUUGUAUAGCAGAUAUGAUAUUGUUCUCUGAUGCGUUAAUGAUUUAUUCUGGUAGCGCGUUUGUUCUCUA